UCGAUAGUGACGUUUCGACGUCAACAGUGUCAACAGAAUUUGCGGUUGUCGCACGGACUUGUGGAUUAUUUAACAAAAAGUGAUAUAAAUAUGGAUUCUAACGAUAUAUUAGAUGACAAGGAUAGUGGGCCAGAGGUACAGAUCAACUUCCCAAGCUCCGUGAUGACCCGCAUCGAAGAAAUGAUGGGAGGAACGGAGCAGUUCGAUAGUGCAGAAUUUGAUGCAGUAGCAUACAUCAACCGAGUGUUCCCGACGGAGCAGUCUCUGUCAGGCGUGGAGAGCGCGGCGGCGCGCUGCGAGUUCCACCUGGCGGGCGUGGAGCACGACAUCCGCCGCCUCGUGCGGGCGCAGGCCGAGCAGAGGGACGCCGGGCAACAGGCACUGCUGGAGGCACAGCGCUGUAUUGGGGAACUGGCACUACAGGUAGCAGACAUAAACAAGAAGGCGGAGCGCAGCGAGAGCAUGGUCCGCGAGAUCACGUCGGAGAUCAAGCAGCUGGACUGCGCCAAGUCCAACCUGACGGCCGCCAUCACGGCGCUCAACCACCUGCACAUGCUGGUGGGCGGCGUGCACACGCUGCGGGCCAUGACCGCCAGCCGGCAGUACAAGGAGAUCGUGCUGCCCAUGCAGGCCAUCAUGGAGGUGCUGCAACACUUCGAGUGCUACCGCGAGAUCCGCGAGCUGUCGGCGCUGCGCGACCAGGUCACCGCCAUCCGCGCGCAGCUCGCCGCGCAGAUACUGCAGGACUUCAAGGACGCCUUCACCGGUACACACACACACACUGCGGGCAGUAAGGGCGGGGUGUCGCACCGCACCCUGUCGGAGGCGUGCGGCGUGGUGGACAUCCUGGAGCCGCGCGUCAAGCAAGACCUGCUCAAGUGGUUCAUCAACAUGCAACUACAGGAGUACGAGCACCUGUUCUCUGGCGAGCAGGAGUACGCGUGGGUGUCGCACGUGGAGCGGCGCUACGCGUGGCUCAAGCGGCACCUGCUGGCCUUCGAGGACUCGCUGGCCGCGCUCUUCCCGCACUCCUGGCGGCUCAGCGAGAGGAUCGCGCAGCAGUUCUGUCAGAUGACAUGCAGUGCGCUGGGCGCGCUGCUGGCGGCGCGGCGCGGCGAGCUGGACGUGAAGCUGCUGCUGUACGCCAUACAGAAGACAUACAACUUCGAGCUACUGCUGCACAAGCGGUUCACAGGUACAGACUUGGGUGCGGAGCCCCUGGACGUCGCCGAGAACAAGCCCGACACGCAGACAGAGCUGGGGGACGGGGGGCAGGGCGGCGCGGGCGGGGGCCCGGGCCCCGCGGGGUCGGCGUGGGUGGGGCUCAUCGGGGCCUGCUUCGAGCCGUACCUGUCGCUGUACGUCAGCUCGCUCGACGCCAACCUCAGCGAGCUCAUGGAGCGGUUCAUACAGGACGCGAAGGCGUCAGCUACGUCGGACAGUGGGGGGGCGAGCGCGGCGGGCGGGGUGGGUGCGGGGGGCGCGGGGGGCGCGGUGAUCUCGUCGUGCGCGGACCUGUUCCUGUUCUACAAGAAGUGCCUCGUGCAGUGCGCGCGCCUCACCACCGGGGAACCCAUGCUCGAGCUGGCGGGAGUGUUCCAGAAGUACCUGCGGCAGUACGCGGGGUCGGUGCUGCAGGCGGUGGUCCCGCGCGCGGCGCUGCCGGCGGGGGGCGUGGCGGGGGGGCUGGUCACCAACCUGCACACGCUGCUGCGGGACGACGACGGCCGCCACGCGCGGUACUCGCCGCCCGAGCUGGCGCGCCUCACCAGCGUCAUCACCACGGCCGAGUACUGCCUCGAGACCACCGUGCACCUCGAGCAGAAGCUCAAGGAGAAGGUGGCGCCCGCGCUGGCCGACAAGAUCGACCUCACGCCCGAGCAGGACCUGUUCCACAAGCUCAUCAGCUCCUGCAUCCAGCUGCUGGUCCAGGACCUGGAGCUGGCGUGCGAGCCGGCGCUGGCCGCCAUGCUGAAGGUGUCGUGGCUGCACUGGGACGCCGUGGGCGACCAGUCCUCGUACGUCACGCAGAUCCUGAUGCAGCUGCGCAACACGGUGCCGCGCCUGCGGGACAACCUGUCCUCCUCGCGCAAGUACUUCACGCAGUUCUGCAUCCGGUUCGCCAACUCCUUCAUCCCCAAGUUCAUCCAGAACAUCUACAAGUGCAAGCCCAUCUCCACGGUGGGGUCGGAGCAGCUCCUGCUGGACACGCACAUGCUGAAGACGGCGCUGCUGGAGCUGCCGGGGCUGGGGUCGGAGGUGCGGCGCCCCGCCCCCGCCACCUACACCAAGGUGGUGAUCAAGCUGAUGACGAAGGCGGAGAUGAUCCUGAAGCUGGUGAUGGCGCCGCUGGACGGGCUGGACGGGUUCGCGGCGCAGUGCGUGCAGCUGCUGCCGGACUGCACGCUGGCCGACUUCCACAAGCUGCUGGACAUGAAGGGCGCCAAGCUCACCAAGGCGCAGCAGACGGCGCUCGACGCGCUCUUCAAGCAGACCGCCAAGAACGCCAGCGGAGACUCCGGCAAGUGAGACACGUCCGCUACAGAUACAUGUAAUAUAGCAAGUAAUCCUAUGAUUGUGACAGUAUAACGCAUUACAUACGAGUACACGCGCCGUCAGUAACAUCGUACAUACUCUAGUCGAAGUGUAAACAAUGCGCGUGUGUCUCUGUCGCACACAUACAAUUUGUCAAUCGUGUGACAGAGACAAGACUAUAUUAUGUAUCGGUGAUUUUGUUAUGAAAUCAAUGCAAAUCGACUGAAAUGAGAUUGUAGUAGAAGUGUGAAGUAUGAACUAUGUGUAAAUAAAUAAAUUGUUCCUCCGCCCCAUGUCUGGUAGGUAAUUUGGUUUGUUCAUAUUGACUGUUUGUAUGUAUGUGGGGUGGUUGCAAGUUAAGAGUACCAACAAGCUCCCUGCAAGCGUAUGUGUGUAUAGUAUGUGUAGUUAGCUAAAUAUUAUUGUACAAUGUACCACAUCUUACUAUAUACAAUUUGUCAAGAUUAUAGCUUAGUACGAGCUUGUUUUCAUUGAACGAGAUCGAAACGUUAUCGCAUUGGUCGCUCUGAUUGGUUAGUUCGUUGAGCUGGCCAAUCAGAGCGCCCAUUGCGGUAAUGAAACGAUCUCGUUCAACGAAAAACAAACUCAUACUAAGCCUUAUGAAAUAAUGAUUCGUAAAAAUAAUCACUCUGUAUUGUUUCCUCAUUAUUUAUGUACUUUUAUUAAUUUUGUCUGUUUUCGUUUCUUUUUAAUUUAGUAUUAAUGUUCACGACUGUACUUAGAUUAUUUUGUAUUAUUAAGUUAAUAACUAUGAAUUAAAAUAUUUAGCUAAUUGACCACUCAGAAAGUGCCUAUCCUCAUUGUAAUAGAGGCUAGAUUCGCGUGUGUUUGUAAGAUUUAGUUAAUUUCCUAAUAAAUGUGUUUAAUUGGACAUAGUAUAUGUGUAUAAGUUUGUGAUAAUGUUGACAUUCCACUAAUCAAUAUGUUUAUGUUUGUAAUGUGCAAUAAUGUUAUCGAACAACUAAUAUAAAUUUUAUACAACUAUA